UUUUAAGAAACAAAUGUUAAACAAAAACGAAUUGUAAAAUCCUACAAGUACAAUUAAUUAUUAACAUGAAAAAAUAACUUUAAAAUAAAUAAUAUUACUUUUUAAAAAGCAUAAUUAAAAUAAAAUUGUAAAAGUACUCUUAUUAUUUUCUUAUAAGUAAAUAACUUUCCUUUUUAAUAGAUAAUUAUAUGUUAAAAAAUUAUGACAAAAAUAGCUUCAAAUAUUUCACAUAUAUAUUUAGGUUUAAGCUUCCACAUAUUAUUUUUACAAAACACAAUAGUAUUUACAUGAAAAAUACUACCUGAGUAUUUUUUUUUUAAUUUCUUGAUACAGCUUAACAUUUUAUUAUCAUUAUUAUAUCUUAUGAUGCUAGCAUAACUUUUAAUUUUGAUGUUAUUGUCGUACAUGAGUAUGUGUGCAUAUGACAAAUAUGUGUUUGUAUGUAUAAGACAAAAUAAAUAAUUAAUUAAACAGAACUUUUCUAUUAAAAAUAAAAUAAACAUUUUCCUUUUUAAAAGUCUAAAUAAAAUAAAAACGUAAAGUAAUCUUAUUUUUCUUAUAAUUAACUAACUUUAUUUUUAAGAAUUUUGUUUAAAAAAUAUAAACCAAAAUUAACUUCAAAUAUUUCACCUAAUAUGAUUGUGGUAUGUGUCAAUUAAAAAAAUAGAUUGUGAAUGUGUCUAUAAAAACUUUCAUUAUGUGAAAAUAACUUUUUCUUUUCCUAUAAAGUCUUAAAUAAAAGUGAUUUUUAAAAGAAAAUUCUUUUCUAAUCUUAACCAAUUAAGAAUUUUUCGUUUUCUUUUUAAAUCAUGACUAGAGACAAUUCUAAAAUUUUAUUUAAUAGUAAUUUUUACUUCAAAAAUUUAAUGAUAAACAUGAUUGUAACAAUUAUUCAAUUUACAAGAAAAAUUGUAAAAAUAUUAAUGAUACUUAAAAAAACGAAUUUUGACAAUUGAAAAUUUUGAAAAUAGUUAAUAUUAACUGAAAAUAGUUAUUUGAUAGAAUUUUUUUGAUAAACAAUCUUUGACAAAAUAUAAUAGUAAAAGAUUAUGUAAUAUUAAUUUCCUUUUCUAAAACCCUACAAAAUUGUAAAAAAAAUAUUUGAUAGUUGUUUUCCUUUUUUAUAAAAAAAACCCUAAAAAAAGAAAUUUGUAUAAUAUUUUUAAUUCCUAACCAAAAAAGAAUCGUAAAAUUAGUAUUGAUACUAAACAUUAUUUAAUUAACAAAGGAAGUGUACAAUUAGUAUUGAUAUGAAUUGUAAAAAUAGCAAUUUUGAAAAUAUUUAUUAAUAACUAAAAAUAAUUAUUUGAUAUAAAUAUGUUUUUUUUAUGAAAUUCUAAAGAGAAAAUAAUUGUAAUAGGUUAUAUGACAGUAAUUUACCUUUUCUAAAAUCUUAAACAAAAUUUUAAAAGAGUAUUUUAUAUUUUUUAUUGUAAAUAAAAAGGAGAUUUAUAAAAUAGAAUGUUUUCUUUUUUUAAACAAUCCUAGCAAAAUAAAAUUUUAAAGAUUUAUUUAAUAAAACAUUAAAUUAGUACAUAAGAACAUGUAUAAUUUUGUCAUUGAUUCGAUUGGUGUAUUUAACUUUCAUUUCUUUUUACUUUUCAUUUCUUAUUUCAGAUUGUAUUCAGUUUAAAUAUUUAUGUAUAGUAUUUUUUAUAAUCCUUAGUAUAAAGUUUAUAACAACUCAUCUAUACACCGUGAUUAUAAAAUAUAAAUAUUAACUUGAAUUUAUGUGUGAAAACAUUUUAAUUAUCGAAUAAAUCUCAAACAACAUAUGCAAAAAACAAUCAUAAUACCAUGAUAAAAUGAUUUAUUAUUUUAUAUUUUUUGUUAAAUGAAGACAUCAAACAAAAACCCAUUGCAGGGCUCAUAUCUUGUAACAAAAUAAGAAAUCAAGAUUUGUUUCUUUAUAAGUAUAUUUUAUUUUAAAUAAGAAACAAAUCUGAUAAUUAGCUAAUAAAUACAUAUCAUAUUUAAGUUGCUCAAGAAAAUUUGAUUAAAAAAACAUCAUCACAGUUUACAAAAAGAAUAUUUAAUAAUUAUAUCAUAAAUUAUAAUUUUAUUUUACAUUAGUAUAUAUAAGGUGGAGAAUUAGUAUAAUAUUUUUAAGCAAAUUGAAAUAACAUAUAAAUAAUUUUAUUGGUUUAUAUUUUUCAUUUAACUUGGAUAUGUUUUUAUUAAGCUAUACUUCUAUUGAAUUUUACUGUUACAAAUAAAUAAAUUAAUAAAUUAUUAGAAAUAUAAAAUAAAAAAUCAGGUAAUUUAUAAAUUAUAAUUUAUAAAGUAAAUAUAUUAUAACAUAAUUAAAGUUCUUAAAUUUUUAAUUAAUUAUUUUAAAUUAAAACAUCAAACAAAAUCUGUGUAUGCAAGAAUCCAUAUCUAGUUUUUUUUAAAAUAGUGAGAUAAGUAUACUUUUGUGGGUGUUUCUUUGUAUUUGUGCUUAUCUGAAUUUUUGAGAUUUUUAAGUUUAUUUCAGAUUUUUUAUAUAGAUUUCUAACUAAUUAAAUAGAAAAUCAAGAAAGAUAUUUUUCCAUAUGUCAUAUUUUGUUUUAAAAAUUCCUAUAAAACAAUACCUAUUCUAUUCAUAUCUUAUUUGAAAAAAAAAUCCGCGCACUGGUAUAUAUGUGGGACCUAUUAUAUAUAAAAUGCUUUGUAGUAGACAUGUUAGUAGCGAUUUCCUUGUGUUUCUUCUGACGUUGAAUCCUUCUCCUAAGGUUUUGCCUCGUGAAGAUGGCUGAGGACAAAAUUGAAGAGACUGUUUGUGAGGAUAAGAUCAGCGCUUUACCCGAAGAUCUGCUUGUGAGAAUACUAUUGCAUGUACCUAUUAAAGAUGCAAUUGCCACCAUGUUUUUGUCUAAAAGAUGGCGCUUUAUCUGGACGAUCCUGCCUAAACUUGAGUACGAUUUUUUUUCUGAUGAUGAUGAAGAUGACGAUGAUAAAGUUGUUGAUGACAAUGAUGAUGAAGAGGAGAGCAAGAAGACUAGUUGGUGUUUUUUUGAUAAGUCAAUGGAACUCCACAAUGCACCUGUCUUAAAAACCUUGCUUAUCAAACUUGGUCCGGGAUGUUCUAGUGAUAUUGAUGUCGGAAAGUGGAUUGCAAAAGCUGUUGACCGCCGUGUGGUUGUGCUAAGAUUCAAGCUGUCAUGGUCCACAGGUCCAACCAGGUUGCCUAAGAGCCUUUACACCUGCGAAACACUCAAGGAACUAACUCUCUCUCACAAAGUUCUUUUGGAUUUCCCAUCGUCUUCUUGCCUCCCGUCCCUCAUUUUUCUUAACCUUUUUUACGUAGUGUAUAGAGAUGAUGCUUCUCUUGAAAGUUUUUUUUCGCAUUGUCCAGUUCUUAUUUGUUUGACUGUGAAGCGAAACAGACGAAACAGAGAUGACAAUAUAACCAAGUUUAGUGUGAAAAUUCCUUCUUUACGAGGCUUAUUGUAUGUUAGUGACGAUAUUAUUUCGUCACUGCCAGAUGACGAUGAGGUAGUCGAUACCGGUAAGUGUUUGGCUAUCGAUACUCCGGGGUUAUUAUACUUUUCCAUCACUGAUCAUUCUGGAGACUCUUGCUCGAUUGAGAAUAUGCCUUGUCUUGAGGAUGCAUCAAUCGAUGUAAAGUCUUUCUCCGAUAUGGACAAGUCGAAAACAUAUCUUUCAGCAGUCCGGUCUCUUGUAUUGCAUACCACCGAUCAAGUGCUUUUGCCUUUUAGCACAGUCAAGUUCUCUCGACUUCUAAAGUUAAGAAUAUAUCCAGAUAGAUCAGACUGGCUGGAAGCACUCUUACUUUUACUUAAAAAUGCUCCAAAACUUAAAGAUCUUUUGGUAGAUUAUGCAUUUAACACAGAUGUGAUCCCAUCUUCAUGGAACCAACCAAGUUCUAUUGCUGGAUGCUUGUCGUCACAUCUCGAGUUUUUUGAGUAUAGAGUAUAUGGAGGCACAGAAGAAGAGAAAGAAUUUGUGAUGUAUAUCCUAGCUAACUCUAAAUGUUUAAAGAAGGUAAGAAUCUCAGUGAGCCCCUAUCUUGAAAAUCAGAACUUGAGCAUCGAGGAGUUGAGAGAUAUUCCGAGGGCCUCAACUUUUGUUGAAAUGAUAAUUGUGUUUGAUGAUGCUUGAAUAGCGUUUUAAGUAUAAGCUCAGUUAAUGUGCAAGCUUAGCCUUGUCAUGGACCCCUUUGGGACUGGUUUGCUGAAACUUUGCAAUCAUAUUAUAUACAGUAGUUGAUACUUGAUACUAAAUAACAAAGUAAAGAUUUAUUUGCCUUAAUUUAAUGGGAAAUAAGUAAAUAUGCAACAAAAAUACAACUACAUUGUCCCUAUACUAUAAAUCCAACUAUAAGUUGUCCCUAUGCCAUUUUUUUUGUGAUAACCCAAUUAAACCCUAUUAUUAACCCAGUUUCGUUUUCACUAAUUCAGUUAUUAAAAAAGUAAUUAAUUCAGUUAUUAAACAAAUGAAAAGAUUAAGUUUAAUAAGUUAAUUUUUUUUUUAGAAAAAUAGCAAUACUCAUUUAGCCCCAAAUCUGGUCUCCCACGAACCCUAAAUCAAAAUUUUUCCUUCUCUUGACGAGAGAAAAACAGAGCCAAGUCACGGUAUUGAUCUUGACGGUGCUUCACUUCGCCAUCACCGGAGUUUCUUCUUCCCCCUAGGACUCUCCUAGUCUUCGUUUCUGUAAUCGAAGUCUCCUACACCUCUUGCUCACUUUGGGAUCUCCUUCUCAAGAUCUCGCCGGAAAAUCAAUUUGUGCCUCGCUGAGCCUACAAUAUACACUCUCAGCUCUUAUUUUAAGCCUAAGAAUCGAGCUUUUCAGAUUUUUUUCUGAAGUCCUAUAUAUAUAGUUAAUUAUUAAUGUUGACAAAAUAUGUUUUUUCUAAUGUGGUUUUUUUCCAUGAGAUUUUGGACUAGAAAAAUGUGUGAUGUUAUGUUGUAAUUAAAAGAACGAAAUAUUUUGUUAUAAAUAUAUAAUUAUAUUAAGAGAGGGUGUAUUGAAUCUAAAAUUUGAGGUGAUUUGGUUUUUAAUGAAGUUUUAGAUAAUUUUAAUGAAUUACAUAGAAUAAAAUGAUUUUUAUUAAACUACUCUAGAAUAUCACUUAAAACCAUGGAAUUUGAGUUUAAUUUUUUUUUAACUAAGAAACUCCACCCAAACACUCUAAAAUCACUUGAAAACUUUAAAAUUCCACAACUUAAAAUAUUUUUAAUAACAGUGGAUUUCAUAGUACUUUAAAAAAUCUCAAGUUCAAUAACACUGGAUUUUAAAUGAGUUUUUAAAAUUCAUGUUUCAAUAACGGUGGAUUUAUCAUUUUGACACAAAUCACUUAAAACUCUCAAUUGAAUAUACCCCCUAAGUAAUUUUCCAAAAUGAAAAAAAAUACAAAAUAAAAGUAUUUUGAUAUAUGUGAUUACGAUGAGUUAAAAAAAUCUUUCCACCUAUAUUCAAUUAUUUUAAUAGAAAAAAAACAGGUAAUUAGCUUAUAAACACGUAUAAUAUUUAAGUUGCUUAACAGAGAACUUAAUAAAAAAAAGCAUCAUAAAAAUUUACAAAAACAAUAUUCAAAAGUUAUAUCAUUAACACACACAGAAGGUUGCAAAAAGACAUGAGGUUGACCAAACAUACUGAAGAACGGCCAUUCAAUCCUCCUUACACAUGCUACGUACGUACUUUUUGGGUCAGUUAACUAUAGACUAGUUGGUGAUCAUAAUUAUCAGAAUAUGCAUAUAUAUAUAUAUAUAUAUAUAUGUAGUUUAUAAGAAAAUAAUAAUAUAUAGUAUAUAAUUAGGAAGUUCCGAUUAGUAGACAGUAAAUUAAAGACGAUGAACGGUUGUUAAUUUGUUUCUUUUUCUGUUUUGGUAGUCAGUUGUUGGUGUUUUUCUGUUUAUAAUUCUUUUUUUUAAAUGACAAGUAUAUAAUUCUAUUUUUCUUGUUCAAAAAAGAAAGAAGAAGUAAAAAUUCUUCUAUUUAUAUCUUAAAAAUAAAUACUCUUCUAUUUGUAUUUGCGGUUGCUUGUAAAUAUAGUUUACAAACUCCCUUAUGAACCAAAGACUUAUGCUCUGUACCCGAAUUUCAUAUAUACUUGUAAUAUAAAAUAGAUAAUUUACACCGAGUUCUGCAUGACCCUCAAUUUCUAGUGUGAUAAACUACCAUUCAGUUCUCCUUAUACAUGCUACGUACUUUAAAGAAGAUGAGUUAAUUUGUCCUUUUUUUCAUUUUAGGUAGUCAGUGGUUAGUGUUUUUAUUUUUAGAAUUCUUAAAAAAAAAUAACAAGUGCAUAGUUUACAAAAAAUAAAGAAUAUAUAUACUAGUAUGUUAGGAAACAUAAGAGUAAUGAAAUAACUCAACCAGUAAAAACUGUUUGGUGAAACUAACAAAAGAAUCAGAGCUAAGAGCAUCUCCAAAAGAAAC